UUAUGCAAGACUCAUCGCUAGCAAAACAGCUGAUCUGGUUUGUUUUGAAGGAAAAUUGUUUUAUCUUUGAACUCGAUUUAAAAAUAGUUAAAUAUGCUAACUUCCAUGGUCAAGGAGCACCACAAGGAGCAGGUGAAGCGGAAACAAGAGCAGGAGGUGCGACGCAAGGAGGCCAUAGAAGCCUCCAACGAGCUCACCCAAUCCCUGGUAGACACCCUGAAUGUGGGCGUGGCUCAGGCCUACUUGAACCAGAAGCGCCUGGACGCGGAGGCCAAGCAACUGCACAUGGGAGCCACCAAUUUUGCGAAGCAGACCCACCAAUGGCUGCAGCUCAUUGACCAAUUCAGCAGUGCCCUGAAGGAACUCGGGGAUGUGGAGAACUGGGCACGGAGUAUUGAGGGGGACAUGCAUGUGAUAAACCAGAGCCUAGAACUGGCCUACAAAGCCUCUCGAGCGGCGCAGGCUGGAACAGCAGGUGGAGCAGCAGCUGCUGUGGAAGCCUCCACUUCAUCGUCGGCAAGGCCAAAUCCUAGUGCUACAUAACUACUUUUAGGUUUACUCUCUUUUUCCAAAUAAUUAAAUUUAUAUUUUACUUGUUUCCUGAAGAGAUCCUUUCCGAUAACUAUAUUUAGGUAUGUUUUGGUUAUAACGCUUAAGGAAUUUGUAAGAAGUACCUUUAAUACUGAUUCCUGAUGUUAAAUAAAUUGAAAUUAAGUUAAGAUUCCUAAAUGCAUUACCAAGGAAAUCUAUUGAUAGCUCAUGACUUAUGCACUUCUGUUACUCAGAAAGACCAACUCAAUAAAUAAAGAACAAAAGUCUCGACUUUCUGUACAAUUUCAA